CCUCCCCGUUCUCCUCGCCGCGGUUGAUGCGGGGCGUGCACGCAGCCGCCCGCACCGGGACCCGGGCCGGGUUGCACGGCUUGGCCCCCCGCCCCCGCUUCGGCCUAGGUGAGUGUGGGGCGGCCUCUCUCCCGCCGGGGGGGCGGGAGACGCGCGGGCGGGGCGGGGCGGGCCGGGCGGCAGGUGCGGGCCCGGAGGAGCUGCGCGGGGGCCGGGGCCGCGCGAGGGGAGGAAGGGCAGAGGAGGUAGAGGGGGCGACCCCCUCCGGCGGCGCGGCCCUCCCGCCGGGGCGCUCGGAGCUCCGGAACCGGGCGGGCUACCUUCCGCCUCCGCACGGGACGGCGAGCGGGGCCCCGCGUCCUCAGUCGCCUGCAGCGGUGGCGCCAUGACCCGGGGUGUCCUCUCGGAGGAACCGCCCCCCCCCCCGGGGGAAAGACGCUUUCAGGGAGGCUUUUGAGGGGGUCAACGGGGCGGGGGGCGGGCGCGGAGCUGUUCGGCGGGUUUUCUGUGUCGGAGGCUCCCUGGGACUGGGGCCGGGAACGGCGUGUUUGCGCCCGCGUGUGCCUGAGCAAAGCCCCAAAUCGCUGGGGACGCCCUGGCCCGGGUGUGCGUGCGCCCGAGCGAGCUGCCACUGUAUUCUUGUAGUGAGAGCGGUGGAGCGGCGAGGGGAGGGGAGAGGGCACUGCCACUUUAAAAGUGGGGAAGUCCGCCCUCCUGAGGUAAUGGUAACCUCAGCCUCCUCCCCUCCUCCUGCCCGAGAGAGGGAGCGAGAGCGGGCGAGAGAGCGAGCGAGCAAACUUGUUUUCAUUCAUAACUUUUUCCUUUUCCUUCCUCGCCGUCAACUCUUUAUUUCCCGCUUGUCUCCGCGCGGAUUGCAGAGGGCGCAGCUCCACCGCGGUAGCCGGCGAUGUGGCGACGCCGCUCUGCAGCCCCUGCCCCUGGCUCGCUGCGCCCCGGCUCUUUAGGAAUCCGGCUUCUCCUUUAAAGUGUAGACAGCUAUUUAUUUAUAACCCUCCCUGACGUGGGCUUGCUUUUUGGCGCCCGCGUUCGCUCUGAAGGCUCUCACCGAUUUGUGAGCCUCCUUGGUGGCAUACGCCAAGAGGUUUUGGAAAUCCACGGUGAUCCUUAGGAUGUGAUGGGAUUGUCCGAAAAGGAUUUCAGAUGCAUGCCAGGUUUCCACUGAUUGCCGGAAUUCAAGAUCACUACACAUGGAUCCCCAAAAUCAACAUGGCAGUGGCAGUUCAAUAGUUGUGAUCCAGCAGCCUGCUUUGGAUAACCGUCAGAGGUUAGACUAUGAGAGAGAGAUUCAGCCUGCCGCUAUUUUGUCCUUAGACCAGAUCAAGGCCAUCAGAGGCAGCAAUGAGUACACAGAAGGGCCAUCAGUGGUGAAAAGACCUGCUCUUCGGACAGCACCAAGACAAGAAAAGCAUGAAAGGACUCAUGAAAUCAUACCAAUUAAUGUGAAUAAUAACUAUGAGCAUAGACCUACCAGCCACCUGGGACAUGCGGGACUCUCAAAUAAUACCAGAGGCCCCAUAUUGAGCAGGUCAACCAGCACUGGAAGUGCAGCCAGUUCUGGGAGCAACAGCAGUGCCUCUUCUGAGCAGGGGCUGUUAGGAAGGUCACCGCCAACCAGACCAGUCUCUGGUCACAGGUCUGAAAGGGCAAUCCGGACCCAGCCCAAGCAACUGAUUGUGGAUGACUUAAAGGGUUCCCUGAAAGAGGACCUGACACAGCACAAGUUCAUUUGUGAACAGUGUGGGAAGUGCAAGUGCGGAGAAUGCACAGCUCCCAGGACCCUGCCAUCCUGUUUGGCCUGUAACCGGCAGUGCCUUUGCUCUGCUGAGAGCAUGGUGGAAUAUGGAACCUGCAUGUGCUUGGUCAAGGGCAUCUUCUACCACUGCUCCAAUGACGAUGAAGGGGAUUCUUACUCGGAUAAUCCUUGCUCCUGUUCACAGUCACACUGCUGCUCUAGGUACCUGUGUAUGGGAGCCAUGUCUCUGUUUUUACCUUGCUUACUCUGUUACCCUCCUGCUAAGGGAUGCCUGAAGCUGUGCAGGGGGUGUUAUGACUGGAUCCAUCGCCCAGGGUGCAGAUGUAAGAACUCCAACACGGUCUAUUGUAAGCUGGAGGGCUGCCCCUCCCGGGGUCAGGGUAAACCAUCAUGAUUUUUGGAGGUGGGUUGGGCCUCCUGAACUUCUAGCUUUCAAGCUGUGGCUGUUAUGAAAAGAUCCUGUUAGAUACUGGUUUUAUUUUCUUUGCAGUUUUUCCCUGUUGCCCACAUUCUCUCCCCCUCUUCCCAAGGUUUGACUCAUGGAUUUUACUCUAAUGGUUGAUCUUCAGUAACAGUGAACUGUGAAACUGCACCUGGCUCCCCCUUAUGACAAGAGCCUCUGCCAUCCGCUCGAGAGGAUAUUGAGAGCCAGUGGGCUUUUGUGUAGCCUUUUUGUUCUGCAAGCAACUUUCCAAAGUUGUACACAUGAACAUACCCACACACACACCCAGACUACAGUGAUUUAGAGCUGUUUUUGAUUGGGUACUCUGGGAGCAGGGAAAUUGGUUUUUUAAAGAGGCAACCAUUUAAUUGCUUAAAUAAGCUAUGUAUUAAAUCUGUCUCCAAUUAGGGCUCUCUUCAUAGCAUUGGACCCUUAAGUAGCAAGGGGGAUAUGUUGCUGUUAUAACAUUAAAAUUCUCCUUUAACCACUGCCUUCUCCUUCUUGCCCCUCAACGUUCUCUCCCCUCAGUUCUGGCAUUAUCUUAUCUUAGAGAUGCCAGUUUUGUUUUCUGGGUUUUUUUCCCGUGUAAUUUUAGAUUCGCUUUACAAUAUAAAUCUUCACAUUGGAGAUAUAUUAGUUGUAUCUUGUUCAUCCUCAUUCAAAGCUUUCAUAUUUGUGAAGGACUCGGCUCCCUUCCGUACCCCCACGCUUUUCACCAAAUUACUCUUGUCACUGAGGGCACUUGGAUGACUGAAGUUGAUAUUUAUAGCUGAUCGAUCUAUACGUGUCACAGAACUAUGCUGCCUAAAGUGAUCUUGGCUCCUUAAUGGUUUUUGGACCCUUUGGUUAGUUAACAGCUGAGUAGUUCUAAUCUUUUCUGUUUUCAUUGCCUUAACCACAAAUUGUGGUGCUUUUUGUAUAUUUUAUGUAUAAAUCACAAAGUUGAAUUCUGACUAUUUUUAAGACAAAAGUCUGUUAAACUUUUUUAUUGUAAAGAAUAUUUAUUAUGCGAAUCUAUUAUUUUAUGAUAUUUAUUGCAAAAACUGUUGAAAUGUACUCAUGUCUGAAUAUAACAAAAUAUCAAUACAUAACGGAAAAUAAGGUGACACCAAGAAAGUACAUAUGUUAACUAUAAUGCAGAAAAUAUAUUAAUUAAUGAA